GCUGUGUUCUUGCUCGGGUUCCUCCUCGCUGGAACCAGUUUCUGCUUCUCCGUCUGAUCCAGAGGGAGACCCGUUUAGGCUGGUACCCAUGUGGGCUGGGCUCUGGGUCAGAAUCUUCUCUUCGUCCAUGGUUGCAUUCUGUCCUUGGCUAUGGAGCUCUACAUUCGCGGACAUAAGCUCAUUAAGUAGUCCCUAGUUCGAGUCCCCAGCUUCGUGACCAAUUCGAAGGAGUAGCUACCAGAAUGAGCCAAUCGAGAGUCAAGGUGUGGCUGGGCGACUUGCGGCUUCGAACCUCCAUCCCACCUCGUCAUGUCGAAAGCCAAUGAUAGUUUCACGUUCACUGUGGGCAAGCUCGAUGCGGGCAUGGCUAUUCUGCUCGGCGAGCGGGCCCAUUUAAUCGAAUUUCCAUCGCUUCUGCUGCCGCCUGGAACGACCACUGGGUCCAUUGUCAACAUCGCUGUUCAUCAGAACGUUGCUGAGGAAGAACGCCGGGACAGGGAGUUUUGGGAACUACAGAAUGACAUACUCGAGACAUUUGGGACGAAAUCACCUGAACCGCCGAAGCUGGAGCUGCGCAAUGUCACCCAAACAUCGGUCACUCUUGAAUGGCCAUCGCUGUCUCUUGCGACGGCCAAGCUCCGGUCACUCGAUAUAUAUAAGAACGGAGAGCGACUAGCAACCAUUCCUGCACCCCUACAAAACACCUCCACGAAGCUUUCUGGUCUGGAGCUUGAUCACGAAUACACCUUUCAGCUUGUCCUGCGUACCACCGCUGGCACCUAUCCCUCCAAUAUCGUACGCGUUCGCACCCACACGAUGACCGAUACCUCCGGUAUCUCUGUCUGUUUUGGAAACGUGCAAGACAGCGUGUUACUCGAGAAUGCGAAGCUGGCAUUGAGGGAGAUGCGAGCAAAAUGGAGCGACAAGAUACAAAUUGACACCACGCACUUCGUGUGUACGACGCCGGCAGCAACACCGUCAGGCUCGCAGGCAAGCGGUAGCAUGAGUGGCGCACCGGGUGUGGAGUAUCAGCGUGCUCUGCAGCUGAGUAUACCUGUUGUGCAGCCUCAAUGGAUCUUGGCGUGUCACGCCGACCGAAGAAUGGUACCCAUAGCGCAAUAUUACCUUGGUGUAACGCCUUCUGCUCCUAUCAACUCUGCCCCUUUCACUCGUCCUCAGUCCAUGUCUCAGGUCUCACUCCAACGCGCCGUAUCGCCCUCGUCGCCAGGUGUUAAGAAUCGGGCAUCUAUGCCACCCAUGUCUCGCGCUGCCUCCUCCCAACAAGAAUUCAGCGAGCCAAUGUCCCCGACGAGCGCCGAGACGCAGGCGAGGGCUUCCAAGCCUGCGAUAGAGCCGACCCCGGAAGAAGAAGAGGAGGAGGAGGAGGAGGAGGACGGCGAACAUGAAACCGCAUCAAGAACAUCUAGCCAGGCGAGAGGGCGGACCGGUACGAUGAACAAGCAAUUCCGGUUCCCGUCUCCAGGGCCUUCUUGGGCGACACCCCCUGUCCCCCCUCUCCCGUCAACACACUCCGAACUAUCCUCCGAAGAGACUCAAGCCACGUCUUCGAAGCCUGCAGAAUCGGACAAGGACGUCGCUUCGGGUGUCCUCACGCCCACACAGGUUGAAGUCCCACCACCCCCUCCCGUCGAGAAGGAACGGAGCACCGGUGCGCUCACGGAUGAAGGUGAUGACGACGUGGGCGCCACCGAGGAGAUACCGUUGUAGUUUUUCACUGGUACUUAUCUCCGUUGGACGAUAUGCGGUGCGUGUCAUUAAAUUGUGCUGUUCAAAUGCACUAGGCUUGGUCUACAUCAAUACAUGUCCACGCUCCAGGCUCGUCUACCUACUUAUGUCAGUUCAAGUUCCUGCAACCGACUCAGGCCGGGGAAUUUUGGCUGAAUGUGCAUGUUAACUUAUAUAUUGAGAAAGCAAGUAUACCCACG